GACCCGAGGAGGGGGAGAGGGACUUUUGAUGGUAUGACACCUGGAGCUCAACGGGGCUUCCGGCAAAGAUGAAGAAAUUCCUAGGCGGUUUGAAGCGGGAUAUAAAGUUUAAAAGCGUGGGGCCGGGUCAUGUCUUGACCGAGGAGGGCAGAAAACCCUUAGAAACCAAACCCAAGGGGCCAGAGAAACCUCGUAAACCACCGGCUGAAGAAGCUCAAAUGGCGGCAGCUGCAGCGCUAUCAAGGCUGGAAGUUAAGCAACAUAGGGGGCGAAACACAUCUGGAUCGAGCAGCUUACGGAGUGAGGCUAAGAAGGAACUGAUGGCAGAGGCUGCAUUCCCUCAAGCACAAACUCUAAACAGUCAGGGUCCAAGCAAUGCUGUGAAGGAAGAUCGCACCAACUUCUCUGUUACUGGCGUAUACUUUAUCUGCCCUUUAACAAAUGCUUCGAUCUCCAAAAGUGCAAGAGAUUCACACAUUAAGGAGGCCAUUCUUAUGAAAUUUGCUGAGGAUCCUGUGCGAGCCUCUAUAAUGAUGAUUCACACAUUUAAUAAAGAUAAAGAGAGAAUAAAGAUCGCUUGUGAAACUCUUGGCAAAUACAUUGAUAACAUAUGCAAUAAUCCAAGUGAAGAGAAAUACAGAAAAAUCAAGUUGCAAAAUAAAAUCUUCCAGGAAAGGAUCUCUGAACUGGAAGGAACACAUGAAUUUUUACAGUCGAUUGGGUUUGAAAGAAAAACGUUGCAAGUAGCAGGACAAGAAAAUGAAGAAGAUUUUUAUGUGCUAAAUGAGGAAUUUCUCACCACAUUUGAAGAGCUUAGACAGUACAAGGAUGAACUUUUAAGUGCUGAGCCUGUUAGAGCACAAUUAGAUCGGCGGAUCCAGGUUUUUCGACCUUCACCCCAGGCAGCAAGAUUUGAGUUGCCCAGUGACUUCUAUAACCUGACUGCUGAUGAAAUUAAACGGGAGCAGCUGAUGAGAUCAGAAGCUGUGGAUAGGAUGACCAAACUGAGAACUAAAGCCAUGCGGGAGAGGGACGAGCAGAGGGAAUUGAAGAAAUAUAACUACACACUCUUGCGUGUAAGGUUUCCAGAUGGAUACAUUUUACAAGGGACUUUCUAUGCCCGAGAGAGGGUUUUAGCGCUUCGUGAAUUUGUCCACGAAGUUUUGGAAAAAGACUGGAUUCCUUUUGAACUGGUGGCUCCUGGAGGACAGAAACUGAAAGAUGAAUCUGCAAUGUUUAUUGAAGUGGGAUUGGUUCCUGCUGCUUUGCUGACCUUGACGUGGGAUGCAGAGGUCCUAUCCGAUCUCGAGGCUACAGGACAAAGUCAUACCAACAUGCUCAAACAAGAACUGCUGUCUAAUGUCCAAACACUUGUAUAAGUAAAAAUGCUUCCAAUGCUCAGCUGAAUAUUGUAUGUAAAUUUAUUUUGUAUAAAAUAAAUGGUAUCAUAUUAAUACUGUAUCCAAUAGGGGAAGGGAAGAAUCAAGAAUUUUUCUGGAGCCAUUUGAAGUAACACGAUUAAAGGCAGGUGUACAUUGCGAUAUUAAUACGUAGCCAUUAGGUGUAGUUUCUUGGAUACUAGGUUCCCACUUUUGGUCUGGCCCUUUAAGGAGGCACUUCCCAAAGGGAAGAAAAAACUGAUUGGGUCUGAACCCAAGGCUUUGUGGGUGUAACCACAAUAAGUAGUGAGGAUGAUGUUGAAAUGGAUCAAUUAUUACUUUGGAAGUUAUGCAUGUGGAGUUUGAACUCACGAGUGGAAGAGCAUUUCUUCCAAAAAUACAAGUACUUGUUGGAGAGAAGGCAGAAUGAAAAGAUUUGAGAGCAUUGAUUAAACUGCUGCUAUUGAACUUAGUUUUGAGCAGGAUUUGGUCUUGGUGUUAGUUUAACUAUAUGUUAUUCACCAGUAAUGUGCUGAGCUUAGUAUUACAGUGCCAGGUACUGCUGUUGAGUAUGCUGAAUGUUAUCCACUGCCUCUUUAUCUACAGGCCUCCAUGCCUGGGAUCAAAUGAUUAUUUGUGAUACUGUCCAGAUUCCAUGAUGAAAUUGUAGCUGAUACUUGCUGAGGUUUCCUAUAUUCUGUGGUGUUUGCAGCAUAAUAAGUCUGCUGUGAACUGCCAAGAGUUAUCGUUUUGUAGUUUGUCAUAUAGUUUCAGAAAAGAACCAGAUUUUGCAAGAGAAAACCUGAGAUUCAAUUUACCAUGAACACAUCAAAUUAAAUGAUCAUUGGCAGUGGUGACGUCACUCAGGUGGGAUCAUUGUAGGAAAAAGUGGGUUAGUAGAAGCAAAUUUGGUUUUCCCUUUUUCAUAUUCAGAUCUGCGAGCCUUCAGUGGAAAUUGGAGCUGUUUAAUAACAACAUAUUGCGCAUAUUGGUCAGGUGAAAGCAUUUGUGAGUAUUGAGUGGAGUCAGUGGAAAGCUACAUUUAAACAAAAAACUCUUAACAUUGAUACAAAAUGUUUCUCUUUGGAAUCAGGUUGGACUCUACCCAUUCACCUGCUGGCUGAUCUGCUUCGUAUUCCUAGCAUUUCCUGUUCUCAUUUGGCUUAUGGAAUUCAAACCAUCCUUGGCUAUUAUUCUAAUGGUGAAAUAUGAUGCUGUAAUUUAAUAACAUACCUAAUGUCUAGAUUUUCCCUGUAAAUCAUUCCACUCCCCUUAUGUUUCUUUCGCACUGUUUGAAGUAAACCUGUCUUGAUACAGUAUUAAUUUGUACCCAGUAGCACACCUUCCUCUACAAUAUUGCUUAAUUAGCAACAAAUUCAAUAUUGUUUGGCUAGGAAUGCAUUGUGUGUGACACUUAACAUUUGUUAUUUAUUAUGUAAAUGAGAUUUCUAAAAAGGGUUUCAAGCUGUAAUUUUAUUAAAUGACACUAAUGUAUAGUUGAUCAGUUAAAGGUGUGUUUUAACACAAAGGUGACAGUAUCCUCUAGGUGCAAUUGAAUACUGGACUUACUCCUGGCUUAGUUAAUAAAUUACAUUAAAAUAUUUGCACUUAUAUGACACCUAAUCAUCUGGAGACAUUUCAAGCAUUUGCAAGUUGAAUUGCUUUUUAAAGUAUGAUGCCUAUUACAUGUGUAACCUGCUGUGGAGCUAAGCCAUACAAACCAGUAAAGACAUGGGCGCCAUCACGUCUUUCCUGAGUUUACUGAAUUUUCAGGGGUGAAAGUGGUACAGAUGCUGCCAUUGGUCUCUAGCCUUAUCUGAGGCUGGUGCAAGGGAGAGAAAAAUGUAGGUCCAAGUUCCUACUCCUGAUUAUGUAAUGCGAGUUAGGUGAGGUCAUGAUUGGAUUUGCUCUUAACCUCCCCGUUGAACUGUUUGUCAAAACUCAAUUGUAGGUCAUGUGUAGAUUGACAUGUGGCUAGCCUAGUGCUUGGUACUUAAUGAAUUGGGAAUGGGAACACUAUUACCUUUGUGCCAAAUGGUUGUAGGUUCAAGCACCACACCACAACAUAAUCUAGGUUGCUGCAUCAGUACAGCAGAGUAAGGGUUAUUGUGUUGGUGCGGUUUUUUAGAUAAGGCGUUGAACUGAGGCCCUGUUGUUGCUCAAGUACAUAUAAAAACUUUUGUAGCAUUAUUCAGAGGUGUCUUGGUCAACAUUUAUCUUUCACCAAAAGCAGAUGAGUUGAUCAUCACCUAGUUCCUGCAUUUACCUACGAAAGUGACUACGCUACGAAAGUAAUCAAUUACUGAGAAAUGCUGAGGAUAUGAAAGGUGAAAUAUAGAUGAAAGUGCUUUCUUUAUAACACUUGAUGGUGUAUCAGGAAAUGGAGCAUUCAUUACAUUUAAAAAGGGAUUCCAUAUUUUAAACAAAAAAUCUUGUAAGUGUGCUCCAUCUGAAUGGUUUAAUAUACAAAUUAUAAAUUCCAUUCUGGAUCAUCUCACCAUAUCCAGUUGGAGAACCAAAUUCUGAAAGUGAUUUCAACAGUGGCUUUUACAUUAACUUGUAUUCAAAUACUGUAUGUUUGAUUAUACAGAUGGCCUGCCUACACUGUUUACCAAACAUCUUGUGCAGUUUGAGUUUCUUUGGUCACCUGGUUAUGCUCGAGUGUUUUAAUUGCUUCAGCUGCCUACCAUACUGUUAAAAUGGAACUGUUAAAUGGGUUAGGGACCAGCCUCCAUCUAUGCAAUGAAUGCAGGUUGAGCUGUUAUACUUUGACACAGGAGAUAGGAAACAAAUACUGACCAAUUGAACCUUUAGAUUUAAUUUAACAGCACUUAAGGCAGGCAGUUACAUCAUAUUAAUGUUGUAUACUUGUUCAGAAUGAUCUUAUCUUCAAAACUAAACCAAACAGAUUUGAUUAAAGCAUUACAAGCCCACCUUAAAUUUUUUGAAGGGAAUAACCCAUUUGUCAAAAAAGCUUUAAUUCCAGUCAUGAAGCUUCCUUACAUUUUACACUUGUAAAGCAAUUUGGUCACUUCCUAUAGAAAGGGAUGUAUACUAGCAAAAGCUUUGUAGUAUUUUGUUUCAAGCUUAAGGCCAAAUGCAGCGCCAUUCAUUAGUUCAGCAUUUAGUUUCUCCUCUGUUCCCUGCCCUAAUUCUUCCUGGGGUACAGUUCAACAGAUACUAGCAGUUCUCCAGUGUUAGCAACUGUGGUGUAACACAUUUGAGCUCAUAUUUAGCCACUGUUCAUAUCAGUGUUUUCUCUUGGGACUGAUUUUAUUUCCUUUCUUAGCAUGGGCACAGAAGCUAAUUAUUUGUAAUCUUGCAGCCAACUCCUGUGUUUAAAUUUGUACUAAUAACUAUUACUGACCCACCUAGUAACCAUUUCUUUGAAAGUUGAAAAUUGUAUUAUCAAAUUUCUGAGCACUUAGAUAUUUUGUUCCACACCAAAAACCGGAUCAUCUUUACUCCCAGUAACAGGAGUCGUUUGUCAGUUUAUGAUCUUGUUCAUGAUGUAGAAAUAGAAAUCACUGCCUACCUUUCAAUGCCUCGCCCCUUGAAUUAUUGUGGCACUCCUGUGAAACCGUGCUGUAGAAAGGAGUACUUUGCAGGAGAUAGUUAAUCAUUUUUGUAACCGACCUCCUUAACUAGUAACUUGCUUGAUGUAUUUUAACUGAUUCAAAUAUCAACUAUUAUACAGCUGCUGAUGAUUAGAGGCUGGGAAUAUUAAGUAAUGUAUGAAAACAUUCUAUGUAAUAUUGCUUUAGUUUUCAUAAUUCACCUAUUAUAUAAACUAAUUAUUCAACAAA